AUGGAUAGAGAAGAUUACGACUCGCGCGUUCGGGACAUGAUCAGUGCCGGUCCGUAUGAAGAGUUUACUUUCAAAAACGGAAAGCCGAAAGAUCCUCUUAACAGAAUGGUUGAGGAAGUGAAUCAUGUCCGGAAGAAGGUAGCUAACUUGAUGGGCGAAGACAGGUUGGAAAGAAAGUUCCAUGUUCCAAACCCGACGGUGGCAUCCUUGUAUUGCCUACCAAAGAUUCAUAAGAAUCCGGUAGGUAUGCGCCCGAUCUCGUCCAACAUCCGUACCCCUACCGAAAAAAUGGCAGCGUGGCUAGUGGAAGAAAUGAGAAAAUACCCUGUGAAGCAUGGCAAAAGUGUUAAAAACUCGGUGGAUUUGGUUGAGCAGCUAGAGGGGUUCAAAUUGCGACGAGGUGAAAUUCUGGUAUCGUUCGAUGUCGCCGCUCUAUUUCCGAGCGUACCAGCCACUGAAGCUCUGCAAAGCCUGCGCCGACACUUGGAACGGUGCCGAGUGCCGCUAAACCACAUCGAGGCUUAUCUCUCUGUUGCCAAGGUCUGUAUGAACCAAAAUUUUUUCAACUUCCGGGGAAAAUACUACAAACAGACCUUUGGCCUGAGCAUGGGUAGUAAGCUCUCACCACUUCUGGCCGAUUUGUUUAUGAGCGAUCUAGAAAAUGAAGCCCAGAAACAGAAGCUUUUUCCCCGAGUGUGGUGGCGCUACGUAGACGAUGUUUUCGCCCCGGUGAAGGAACGGUACGUAGACCAGACACUUAGCAUGCUAAAUUCACAACAUGAAACGAUCAAAUUCACGGUUGAGAAGGAAGUAGACGGGAAGUUGCCUUUCUUGGAUCUGAUGAUUAGCAGAAACGAGGAUAACACUCUGAAAUUUGGGAUUUAUCGCAAGCCAACUAGCACAGAUCGGUACAUAACAUCCGAUUCCAACCACUUUGGUGCCCAAAAGCAAGCCGCCUUCCAUUCUAUGGCUCACCGGCUCUACAAUGUACCGUUGGAUAGCGUAGAAUUCAAGGAAGAACAGAAUCGAAUUUACGCUGCAGCCGAGAAUGCGCCGAGCAAAAACGUCAUGAACCCACUUCUAUGA